CGCCUUUACAGCUUUCCUAAAUCUUCUGCUUCCAAUAUCCCCCAUUACCACCUUGUUUUUCGCUCCACGAAAUACCAUUUUAGUCUCACCAAAAUCUCCUUUCUUCUUUCUUGUCUCUUCAGUUCAGACUUUCUCUUUUCAGAAGAAAACCAUGGUAGAUUCAGAAAAGCAACCCUUUAAUGGAGAUGGUGGUGGUGGUAGAGGAGGAGGAAGUCUUAUUUCAGAUAUCAAAAAUCUCUUCUCUGUUUUGAAAACGAGAAGAACAACAGUUUUUGCCUAUGGUUUUAUGUUUGCUUUUGUUAUUUUCACUGCUAUUGUUGCUUUUAAUCCUUCUGCUAACUUUACUUCUCCAUGGUUUAAUAAUUUUUUCUCUACUUCUUCUUCUACAAUUUCCGAUUCUUCUUCUACUUCUACGCCAUCUAACUUCUCUUACAUUUUCCCUAAUUUUUCUCAACCUACUCGACAAACUAACCCAAAUUCAACUAGAUCAGUUAAUACCAGUAAUUCAACGGCUAUUGUUACACCACCAUCAACAAAUCCGACCAAGUUGAAUCUGACGGUAACAAUUGUCCCACCACCACCACCAUUACCACAGAAAUCACCUUCUGUUGAUAAGAACAAAGUUUCAAAUUUUACUUCUUCGUUACUGAAAAACACAAAUAAUAUUUCCUCUAAUGGCAUCAAAGCUGUCAACAUUACAAAGGAAGUAACGAAGAACAAAGUGAAGGGUUCAUUGAUGAAUUGCAAUAUAUACGAUGGAAACUGGGUGAAAGAUGAUUCAUAUCCACUUUACGAACCUGGGUCUUGCCCACAUAUAGAUGAAUCAUUUAAUUGUCAUCUUAACGGUAGACUUGAUAAGGAUUAUGACAGAAUGAGAUGGCAACCAAAGGAUUGUGAUAUUCCAAGGUUGAAGGGAAAAGAUAUGCUGGAGUUAUUGAGAGAUAAACGUUUAGUAUUUGUUGGUGAUUCUCUUAAUAGGAACAUGUGGGAAUCACUUGUCUGUAUAUUUAGAAAUUCUGUUCCAGAUAAAACCAAGGUGUUUGAAGCAUCUGGUAAACGUGAAUUUCGAACUGAAGGUGCUUUUGCUUUUAUAUUCAAGGAUUAUAAUUGCAAAAUCGAGUUUGUCCGAUCUCCAUUCCUUGUUCAAGAAUGGGAAAUGCCAGAUACUAAUGGGACCAAGAAGGAAACCCUUCGACUCGAUGUAGUUGAGAAAUCAUCAUCAAUAUAUAAAGAUGCAGAUGUAAUUGUCUUCAACACUGGACAUUGGUGGACUCAUGAUAAGACUUCAAAGGGGAAGGAUUAUUAUCAAGUCGGGAACCAUGUAUUUGGAUCGUUGAACGUUGUCGAUGCAUUUCAUGAAGCUUUGUUAACGUGGGCAAAAUGGAUUGAUGCUAAUGUAAAUCCUGCAAAGACACAUGUUCUGUUUAGGGGUUAUUCAGCUUCUCACUUCAGUGGUGGCCAAUGGAAUUCUGGUGGUGCAUGUGAUCACGAGACCGAGCCCAUUAAGAAUGAUGUGUAUUUAACAGCUUAUCCACCUAAAAUGAAAGUAUUGGAAGACAUGAAAACACCGGUUAAGUACUUGAACAUUACAAGAAUGACCGACUAUCGGAAAGAUGCUCAUCCAUCAAUUUAUAGGAAAAAGAAUGUGCCAGAAGAGGAACGUAGAUCUCCGUUGAGGUAUCAGGAUUGUAGUCACUGGUGUCUCCCAGGAGUUCCUGACUUAUGGAAUGAGCUUCUUUAUGCUGAACUUUUAAUCAAACAUAACCAGAAACAACAGCAGCUCCGACAACAUGAGAAGCAAAAACAGCAAGAACGUCAAGAGAAGCAAACACAGCAGCAGCCACAACAAACACAGCAGCAGCAGCAACAACAACAAGAGAAGCAACAAAUAAAGCCACAAAGUUAGGUAGGAAAACAAAACUCUUAGAGAUUGUUAAAUUAUUUUAUUUAUACGUUGAUGUGCAGUUGUAUCAUAGUCUUAUCUUUUUUUGUGGAUGAAAUAGUAUAAACUUGUAGGAGAUCCAAGAAAUAGUAUUUUUGUAUGAAGAAGAGAAAAAAAGAAGAAAGAAAAGUGGUGCGUUCUCCACUGGAGAGAAAAAGAGUGUGUUAGGUUUAGCUGUUAAUAAUACCUUUAAAUUAUUUAAUUACGUUAUGUUAUGAGAAGGGAGGGUAAUAACAAAGGCUAUUGCUAGUCUGGACUCUGGACCUCUUUAGAGUUUGCUUGCAUGCCUUGGUGUUGCUCUCAUUGUUCUCUGCCACCACCGUUGUUGUCGCCCCUUUUAUGAAUAUAUAUACAAUUCAAAGCCA